UACCGGCAGGACAUGGUGCUGGCCAUGUGCCCUCCUUCUUCUUCCCCUUGUAAAUACCGACCUUCAAUUCCUCCCUAAAUUCCAAAUUCCUUUAAAUGGAAGAAGCGCCUAAGCCUUUUCUCGGUCCUCUGCAUUUUUUUCCCCUUUUAAUAACCCCGUUCUCUCUCUAUUAUUUCAGCGACUUUUCUCUCUCCUCCUCGUUGUUCGAAUCUGUAUACCUUUUUUUUUUAUAAAUUGAAAAUUUGGUUGUAGUUUUUUUGGAUUGAAACCAGUGUUAUUGGGCUCUGAUCUUGCUUCUGAGAAUUGAAUUUGGGGAUGAAGUUUUUGUGAUCCUGGUGAAAUCUAUUGGUUUUGGAAGAAUUAGGGUUUAUCAGAGAUGGGUUCGAAAGAACAGAAGCAAGGAGCUGGUUUUUUUGCCUCAAUUAUGUCCAGUGUGUCGAAUUUUGGCAGCGUCAUGCAUAAUUCGGUUAAUGGAUUGUUAGGGUAUGAAGGACUAGAAGUGAUAAAUCCUGAAGGAGGAACAGAAGAUGGUGAAGCAGAAGCCCAAAGGGGGAGAUGGAAACAAGAGGAUAGAGAUAGUUACUGGAAGAUGAUGUACAAGUAUAUCGGUUCGGAUGUUACAUCAAUGGUUACACUUCCGGUUCUUAUUUUUGAACCAAUGACAAUGAUUCAGAAAGUGGCAGAGAUACUGGAAUACUCUAGCCUAUUAGAUCUGGCAGAUGAGUGUGAGGACCCAUACAUGCGAUUGGUCUAUGCUUCAUCAUGGGCAAUUUCUGUGUACUAUGCCCUUCAGCGAACCUGGAAGCCUUUUAAUCCCAUCCUUGGGGAGACAUAUGAAAUGGUGAACCAUGGAGGAUUGACAUUCAUUGCAGAGCAGGUGAGUCAUCAUCCUCCAAUGAGUGCAGGGCAUGCUGAAAAUGAACAUUUUUCAUAUGAUUUAACAUCCAAGUUAAAGACCAAAUUUUUGGGCAACUCCCUCGAUAUUUAUCCUGUUGGAAGAACACGUGUAAAACUAAAGAAGGCUGGUGUUAUUCUAGAUUUGGUGCCUCCUCCCACAAAAGUCAACAACCUCAUUUUUGGACGCACUUGGGUUGACUCACCUGGGGAGAUGGUCAUGACAAAUAUUACCACUGGUGACAAAGUUGUCCUUUACUUUCAACCAUGUGGCUGGUUUGGAGCUGGUCGAUAUGAAGUUGAUGGAUAUGUCUAUAAUGCGGAUGAGAAGCCUAAAAUUCUGAUGACUGGCAAGUGGAAUGAGGCAAUGCAUUAUCAACCCUGUGACUUGGAAGGAGAGCCCCUUCCUGGAACUGAACUUAAAGAGGUGUGGAGAGUUGCUCCUGCUCCAGCACAUGACAAAUUCCAGUAUACACAUUUUGCUCACAAAAUUAACAGCUUUGACACAGCACCCAAGAAGUUGCUAGCCUCAGAUUCGCGAUUACGGCCAGACAGAUAUGCUCUUGAAUUGGGUGAUCUAUCGAAAGCUGGUUCCGAAAAGAGCAGUUUGGAGGAGAGACAGAGAGCUGAGAAGAGAAACAGGGAGGGCAAAGGUCACCAAUUUGUUCCGAGAUGGUUCAGUCUUUCCGGUGAGGUCUCGCAAACACCUUGGGAUGAGUUAGAAGUGUACGAGUACAAUGGAAAGUACACAGAGCACCGAGCUGCCAUUGAUAGCUCGAGCUGUGACCUAGAAGUUGACCCCAAGUUCAUUGAGUUCAAUCCAUGGCAGUAUGGUAACUCGGAGGCAGAGUGACGUACUCGUUUGUUAAAUUUUCUCUCUCUGGUGCCAUGGUCUUUUAAAUUUUCAAUUUUAUUUGUUAAAUUUUUUGGUGGCUGGAACCGUGGCUUGUUGGUUGUGGAUCCCUGAGACUUGUUGGGUUUGAGGAAGUUGUGUAGAUGGCUUCUGAUUUCAUAUAUUUAUAAUGUCAUUCUUAGAAAUGUCCUUUUAAUUUUGUGUGAUUAAUUGUCA